AUGUUUUCCAAAUCAAGAUUUAUCAGUUUUCUUGUACCCGUGCUUCUUGCUGGUACCUGCGUCAUUCUCUUCUUUAUUGUUCUUAAUGGUGCUUCCACAAGUUCGGGACUCGCUCAUCUUUAUUGGCUACAAGCUAAUACAUCAUCAAUAAAAAAUGCACCUUACUCAACAUCACGGUGGACAUACUACGAACUUUGCGGAGUAGAAAAUGGUAGUAAUCAUGAUUGUGGGAACUCUACUGCAGGAUAUCCAAUUUCCCCUGCUGAUAACUUUGGCCGGUCAAAUGUUCCUUCUGAUUUCAAUAAUCAUCAAAAUUUAUAUUAUCAUCUUUCCAAAGUGGCAUAUGCUUUCCAUAUCCUCGCACUUCUAUUUUCUCUUUUGGCGUUUUUCAGUUCUUUUGGAAUCAUUUGCAAACCAAGUGGAAUUUUAACAAAAUUCUUUGGGGCGUCUCUAUUGUUGGCAACCGUAUUUAGCAUCAUCGCCUCAGUUUGUAUUACAGUAGUCACUGUGAGGGUGAGAAAUGCUUUUCAGAGCUCUGGUUUAUCUGCUAGUGUGGGAGCGAAUUUAAUGGCGUUAACAUGGACUAGUCUAUUCAUUCUCAUGUUGACGGUAGCUUUAUGCAUAAUCAGUCUUUGUUAUAUGCGACACGAAAGGAAAGUGAAUCAAUCUAAAAAUGACUAUAAAACAAAAAAACAAAAACAAAAUAGCGGGAAAUCCGGUAGUGACUUAGAUAGAAUGCAACCCAUAUCUGGAUACAAGAGAUUAAUGACUAUGAGAAAUCAAUUAGCGCCUAAAAGAAAGACCCAAGAAAGGGCCACUCAAAAGAUCCCUCAAGCCAAAGAGCCAGUAGUAAAACCAGACAAUACCGACGUCUUAGUGGAAGAGACAGAGAAAGUUAAUAAGCCUUCUAGGUAUUCAAACAGUAUUAGUUCACUGCAAGACUGGAGAAUUAGCCAUCAAGAACCGGUAUUUAAAAAGCUGGUAGAGAAAGAAAAUGCUCCUAGCCUCGCCCAUUUGGACCACAAGAAAGAUAGUAUUGCUGUUCCAUCUCCUCAGGAUAUUCAGGAUUUGGGCGAUUAUACAGAUCAGGGUAUUUUUGCCAGACCUUCAGGUGCUGAAGAUGUUAUUUUGACAGAAAGUCAGUAUCCAAGUGUUAUUAUAGCCAGAAGAUCUUUAAAAAGACCAAAAAUCAUCAGCAUUAAAGAGGAAGCGUCGCUGAAGGCAGCCCAGAAGAAAGUGGAGAAAUCAAAGAAAGAUGAUGAAAAUGAUAGGCGGGUGCUUGGAGAAAAGUGA